AACACAAACCUUGAGCAAUCCUCUAUUGCACCACUCCCAACAAAGAAAGAAAUGAAGAGAGCACCUGAAGCAGAAGAGCAGAAAUUAGCUAGCCAAGGUGAUGAAGCUGGUCGCGCCGACAAUAGUACACCGACACCAUGGCUAAAGCUGGGCCUUGAUGCACUGAGAAGUGAAGAAGCUAAGCCUCCAGAGGCCACCCCUCAACGGACGUUCUCCUGCAACUACUGCCUGAGGAAGUUCUUCAGCUCGCAGGCCCUUGGUGGGCACCAGAAUGCACACAAGAAGGAAAGGUGUGCAGCCAGGAGAUCACGAAGCUUUCAGCAACUGAUGAUACGCUUUCCUCCAGCUGCUUCCUUCAUCCAACCUAUGAGGGCCAGCCCCCACUCCACAAUUCUGACUGCGCAAGGUGAAAGGGCCGCUGUUGUUGUUGCAAGAUUUCAUGACGGCCAAAUGAGAAACAGGAUGCCUUUUGCAGUAGAGGAAGCUGCCUAUUUCGUGUGGCCUGGGAGCUUCAAAGCAAGUCUUCAGGAGCCCAUGAAGCAACCAGAGGAAAAUAUUGAUUUGAGCCUGCAUUUGUAAUUUCUAAUCCAUAAUUCCAUGUAUAAACAUUUUCUGUGAAGUCAAUAUUUUGCAUCAUCUUUUGAGGUGAGGGAAUAAGAUUCCAAACUUGUACCCACAGUUGCAAGUGAGUUCUCAGACAAGUCUCAAAAAUAGAAAAAAAUAAUCUAUGUGUGAUACCUGGUAAAGAGUAACAAGUUUAAACUUGAGUAAUUUUCAAUCUAGUUACUAGGAAGUAGGAACCAUACAUACAAUCCACCGAUCAGUAUUAAGCUAUAAUUGAGAUAAGAAACAAACUUUAGUCAGCACCAUAGUGGUGAUUAUCGUUGCUCUAAGGACUCCAAUUCAAACUUAUGUGCCUCACUUGAUCACCAAACGUUGUUUCAAAAGAUAAACUACAUGCAACACAUUUGCUGCUUUAUCAAAGACUUAAACAUUUUUAUGCAUUAGAAGUUUGUUAGCAACCAUGAAUGCUCUCUGGACUUUGGAGCCUAUCAAACAACACCAGUUGUAUUGAACUAUCAUCAUAUAAAGGCUAACAGCUGCAACCUUAAAGAUUGCAUUUGCAUAUCUCAAGUCAUACAUGUGAAUACGUGUAUUCUUGUCAAAGACAGGAUGUUAAUUGGUUCAUCAGUGUGCAUGAAUACAAGCAAAGUAAUGUGGAAGAAUCAGAAGAAAAUAAUAAUAAUAAAUUGACACAUCAAUGGAUGCAUAUGUGGAAAGAACAAAAGCCCAUUAUUUUAAUGCUAAAGGCAAGUGCAUGGCAUAGGAAUCUUCUUGUGGAAGCAUAAAAACAAGCAAGGGGAUAGAGAAAAGGUGAGAAUGUGAGAUGCCAAAAGAAAUAUUUAGAAAUGGAAACACGGGGUGACCACAACUGUUGGCUACAAUGUAUACUACAAACUUCCAUGAGAACACUUCCAACGAUUACACUGUAUAUGCAGAAAUUGUUGGCUCACAAAAUCAUUGGAAACUAAUGUCUCCGAAAUACAUCACAUGUACUUCUGGAAAGCCACCUCCGUAAACUAUUUUGAUAUUAUAUGAUUUUCAGUAGGCUCUCUCAUUAAUGAUAUACUACAAAGCUAGAAGAUUCCGGUGUUAUUGUCUUCAACGUUUAGAAUUCAGUAGCCAUAUAUCAUAGAUAAACCACAACAUUCUUGUAAGCUUAAUAAUAUUCAUCAGUAUUAAUUAUGCUGGUUUUUAAAGGCGUGGUAUUCACCAAAUCUGAAAAAUAAACUUCAACGUAUUAAGCUGAGGGCAUCAUCUUCUCACCAAAUAAAUCAAAGGUACUCAGAUACAGUAAAACAUGUGGUCCAGGAACUAGCUAAUCAGGUGUAUUAGCAUCCAUAUCUCAGAUAUUAUUACCAUGAUGCUCAUUUGCAAAAUUAACUAUGAUUUACUGCAGUAGACUGGAAUAUAUCGAUUACUGUAGUAUGCCAGAACCCUCAGGUUCAAAUAGCAGGAACUCUGUAACAUACGGUCAUUGUGUAUCAUAUCAACAUUCCUGCUACCCAAGCAUCACUAUACAAAAGCAUCAUAGGAAAAGAGGUUAUCUUGUGAAAAUAUUGUAAUGUGUUGAAGGACUGAAAAGACUAACUCG